AUGGACUCCACUCUCAAUAAUGAGGAGGACGAUGAGAUGAUACAUUGUCCUGGACCUUCUGGCUCCUUUGCCUCUUCGGAGGAGUUUACUGGUAUAGAUAAUGAUAUAUAUUAUGGAUAUUGUGCUUCAGGAGCCUACUCUUCUGCUGAUGUGACGAGCUUCCCGAAUACGGAUGCCUUCCAGGACUCUGGAUGGAUCAACACCAAGCCUAUUAGUCAAAUUCCAGAACCCCCACAGCAAUACGAAAAUGAUCUGGCGUACAUCAACCCGGGAUAUCCCCUGGGGGAUGACAAUAUCCCCCAAAGCCUAGAAGGUGAUCUAGGAAUUUCAAUUAUCACUCAACGACCAGCUCAUCCCUCGGGAAAUCUUGAUCGGACCACGAUUGGAAUACCAAAUCCCACGCCCUUCUCUCUGCAACCUUCAUCUGAACCACCUGCCGGCGUCAUGGAACAGUGUGGUGACCUGCCCCGGAGUGCUAUUCAAAUUGGGGCUUCCUCGACAACGCCUGUGCAAGACCUCCCAGAUACAUCUUCUACCAUCAUCCACUUGGACGAACCUUACUUUAACGCUGGAGCAUUGGCAAACUCUGGGCUACCUCAGACUAUGCCCACCCAACUGUUUGACAUACAGUUCUUGGACCCACGAUCAUUGGACAUGACCAACACCUUCACGAACGAUCUUUCCCAAAACAAUCCGUUUAUCGGGGUUGUAAUGGAUUCAGAAAGUCAUCCACCUCUGAGUGAUCUCAGCAACAAGGUCCAAAAGUCGCCUAUUUUUGAAAGCGAUACCACGUUACUUAGCAGCAUUGGACUUGGCACAUUGAUUGACCCGUUCUUCGUCAGAAGACAGACCAAGCAACCAAAAGCGAAAGCAUCCGGAGGUCAGAAUCUAGGCUUAUACAAAGAUCUUGUUCUCAAAAACACUCCUUCGCCCAUUCUGGAACCUCUUCAACUGGUGUCUCGUUGCAAAUGCGCAUGUGUGACCCCAACUGUCGACUACGAAGCCCACGAAAGCCUCAAAUUAUCGUCGAACAAGCGCAUCGAGAUGACACUAACAAUGUCUCGUGCGCAAAAAUCGGGUCAUCGUCUCCACACUCGAGUGCGACUCUUCGUGAGGCUCUUUACUAUCCACGCAUCUGCAGCAGCAAAGUCAGACACCCAGAAGCAGAGGACUCACUCUAUUGCACCCGAAAUUACCGACGAGGAUGCUGAGUCUGAUACCGAUUCAGAGCAAGAGCUCACUCCCUCGUCGCCGUCCGGAUCCGAGCUCACUCUACGCCUCUACCAGACCGAGGACAUGCAAAACUGGUCAUUCAGCUUUGACGUCAAGUGGGCCUUGACGAAACUCGCCCAGUGGACCAGCGGCAUAGAUGCCGAUACGUACCAGAAGCUCCUACUAUCUGAUCCCCGCUAUAUACUGGACUUGAUAUCGAAGGAUAUUAUGUAUAAGAUUUUUUGCUUGUUGAUGGGUCACAAUGGGCUCCUUCUGUUCUAUACCUCAUUCAUACGCACGUCCUGA